AUGAUGGUCACUUCCAAACCACCAUCUCAUGUCUCCCACACACAUCUUUCUACGCUGUUUAAAGAGCGUGCUAAUAUGCUUAAUAAAAUAGAAGAUAGAAUUGUUCUUUUAUUUUCUUCUGGCGCCACUUUACCUUCCGAAAGAUCCGAUGCUGUUAAGGAAUGUUUAUUGGAGAUUUCCUCUAUUCUGAAGGAAAAUUAUGUCAAUGUGGUCAGUGUGCUUAAAAGUCUGGACAAGGAAUAUAUUUCUUCUUCCUCCUCCUCUUCUUCGGCUCCGUUUUCGUUAAAUUACUAUUUACAGGAUUCAUAUCCAAAAGUAUGUCUUGGAUUUGAAAAUCCUCUGCUUGAAAAACCAGAAUCCAUUGACAAUCAGCAUAUUUUGAUGAGAUUGGUGAUCAUCCAUUUCUAUCGCUCUGGUCUUUUUGAUGUAGCCGAAACUUUAGAAAAGGAAUCAAAUGUUUUGAUUGAUUCGAUAGCGAAGGAUCAAUUUAAGGCGCUCUUUUUGAUUUGCUCUGCAUUGGAAAAUACAGAGGGGCCCAACAUUGAGCCAUUGGUUGAAUGGGCAAAUUCUGUCGUUGCUACUGGCGCUAAAGAAAAUCACCCUACACCAUCAUUCAAAGAGGAUAUUCAUGAGCUUCUAUUCCAGGCCUGCAGCCUGAGAUUUGUCUUUUUGAUUUCAAAAAACGAGCUUGAUUGUGCACUUGAAUAUUCAAAAUCAGAGCUGUCCUUUUUUUCGCAAGACAAGUAUUUACAAAGUACGUUCGAUUGUACCGUUGUUUUUAGGGAUCAAGAAACUAAUGUCUUUCUUGCUGUUCCCAGCACACCGUGUGGAUGUUUUGCCGCAUAUUCGGAGUCUUAA